AUGGCAAGGGAAGAUGCAGGAGAAUGGGUCUUAAAUCAUAAAGAGGAAGAGAAGAGGACCACACACAACCAACCACAACAGAGAGCUCAGCAAUGGAUCCCUCCCCCACAAGAUUCUUUAAAGUGUAAUGUAGAUGGAGCGUGGAGUAAGGAUGGCCAAUUAUCUAGAUUGGGCUGGGUCUUAAGAGAUCACAAAGGGAUGGUUCGGUGGAUAGGAGUAAAAGCCUGUCCAAAAAUAAGAACAAUAUUGGAUACAGAGGCGGAAGCACUUCGUUGGGUUAUGCUAAUGGUCAAAUCUCUGGGUUAUGACAAUGUCUUGUUUGAAACAGAUUCGAAGACUCUGGUACAAACGCUAAAGGAUAUCAGAAACUGGCCCUCUCUUCAGCCUUGCUACAAGACAUUGAAAGGUUAA